AUGACUUGAGUGUUUUUUGUUGUUCUGUGAAGGAAAAGGACAGUCUUGGAGAUGUCGCUACUUCCCUUUCAUUCGAUCUCGAGUUUGGUUUGGUGAAGUCUUGUGGCAGGGAUCUGUGCCCGAUGUUAAACGAUUCUCUUUACACAAAGCACACGGCAAAGGCUUUCUUUAUCAAAAGAUGUAAGAAUCGAAAAGUCUGUGUACCUGAUAUGACUGUCGAUGGAAGAGCUGUUUUAGUAGGGUAUGACGGUACUCGAACAUUUGAUCGAAAUCUGCGGAUCGGUCUUGUAAAAGACUUGAUUUUACAGCUCACAGUGUCAAACAAGGCCAACGAUUAUGCUUAUUACUCCAAGAUGUCGGUGAAGUACCCGAGAUCAUUAGGCUACCAAGGAACUAGUGGACAGUGCGAACGUCAACACAGUUCACUCAACGAAACUCAGUCCCAGCUCUCUAUCAGCUGUGAGGUGGGAAGAGUGGCUCUCCCGGGACUUAGUGAUAAAAAAUUCACCCUCAAGUUUUCAGCAGCUUCGGUAGAAGAAGAUUUCUCUAUUAUCGUCACGGCUGAAAGUCAAGACAUAGAUGCCAAUGAAAAAGAUAACAGUAAAGAGUUCUUAAUUGCUGUGAAGUAUGAAGCAGAUCUUGUGAUCAGAGGUUAUUCAAAGCCGGACCAGGUCAUUUACUCAGGAGAUGUCAAAUCAAGGGAGAAAGUCGAGGAGUUUCAAGAGGAAAUUGGACCCGAAAUUGUUCAAACUAUCAAGGUCAGUAACUAUGGUCCUAGCGUGGUGGACUGGUCAGAGGUCACCAUAACAGUUCCUAAUCUAUUGAAGAAGGACGACCCGGACAGUUUUCUGAUGUAUUUACUUCAGGUUGAGGUUAUUGGUUCUGGAAGCUGUAACGCUGUCGUCAAUCCUCUAAACAUUGAGGUAAGCUACAACCUUAUACUGCGACAGACGCGGUGGCCUCAUGGUUAGUGCGCUCGUCUCUGGAUCGGUCAGGGCCGGGGUCAAUUUGAAGUGUUCUUAGGCAUGACAGUUUACUCUCACAGUGCCUCUCUCCACCCAGGCGUAUAAAUGGGUACCGGCGAACUUAAAUUGAUGC